AUAUUUCUAAGUUCUUUAGCGAGUCUUCUGUUAUUUUGUCGCGUGAAGCACGUGAAUCUAUUGUAACUUAUUUUUUACAUGUUUAUAUAGUUUUACAUUUUUAUUGCAUAAAGGUUGUGGUAUAAAAUGGUCGUAAUAGGAAAGAAAAAGUAUCAGGCUGGGGAAGGAGCACAAUUUAUGUCAAGGAAAACUGCCUUGAAAAAGUUACAGCUUACAUUAAUAGAUUUCCGUAGACUAUGUAUAUUGAAGGGCAUAUAUCCAAGAGAACCACGUAAUCGUAAAAGGGCACAGAAGGGACAACCUGGUAUUAAAAUAUUAUAUCACAAAAAAGACAUUCAAUUUUUGAUGCAUGAACCAAUAAUAUGGAAAUUAAGAGAAUUAAAGGUAUUUAAUAAGAAAGUUGGAAGAGCAAGGGCUUUGAAAGAAUUUUCAGAUAUGAAAAGAUAUCUAAGUAAUCAUCCUACCUUGAAAUUAGAUCACAUUGUUAAAGAACGUUAUCCUACAUUUAUUGAUGCACUCAGAGAUCUGGAUGAUUGUUUGACUUUAUGUUUCUUGUUCAGUACAUUUCCAUCUCUUAAGCAUAUACCAAGAGACCAGUCUUUAUUAUGUAGAAGAUUGACAAUUGAAUUUUUACAUGCUGUAAUUGCUGCUAAAGCUUUACGCAAAGUAUUUGUAUCCAUUAAGGGAUAUUAUUAUCAAGCUGAAAUUAAAGGACAAACAAUAACCUGGAUUGUGCCUCAUCAUUUCAGUUUUGAGCCCCAAGCAAAAAAUGAUGUUGAUUUUAAAAUGAUGUCUAUAUUUGUAGAAUUCUAUAUUACGAUGUUAGGCUUUGUGAACUUUAGGCUAUAUCAUACCCUUAAUUUAUAUUAUCCUCCAAAACUCACUACUAGUGAUAAUAGUGAAAUGUUACUCGUGGAUGAGGAAGCAUAUGUAUCAGAAAGGAUAGCUGCAUUGAGUGUACCGUUAGUAAAUCUUGAUCCUACAUCGCAAAAUACAGAAGAUGAAGAAUUGGAGAUGGAUCAAUUUGCAAAUGAAGAUGAUGCUACAAAACUAGAAGAAGCAAUAAGAGAAGCAGAAAAAAUAAAAAAGUUAAAAACAAUUUUUAAAGGUUUGAAAGUUUUCUUGAAUAGAGAAAUACCAAGAGAGCCUUUAGUUUUUAUUUUACGUUGUUUCGGAGCCGAAGUAUCUUGGGAUAAAUUACUCUUUGUUGGGGCGACAUUUGAUGAAAACGACGAAACAAUAACGCAUCAUAUAGUGGAUAGACCUAGUAUGACCAAGCAGUAUAUUUCUAGAUAUUAUGUACAACCACAAUGGGUUUUUGAUUCAGUGAAUGCUAGAGAAUUGUUACCUGUAGAGAAAUAUUUAAUGGGUUGUGUACUUCCACCACAUCUUUCGCCAUUCUCGGACAGUCGCCAUGAUCAAACUUACAUUCCACCAGAGGAACGUGCUCUUAUGGACCCUGAAUUUAAGCUUAACGAUGAUGAAGAUGAAUCCGAAGAAGAGACAGAAAAUGAAGAGGAAAGAGAAGAAGAUGAAACAGAGGAAAGAGAUUCUGAAGAAGAUUUGAAGGAGGAAAUUGAAUCGAGUAAAAAGUCGGACGAAAUAAGUGAGAAAGAACUACAACGAAAUCGAUUGAAAAAGAAAAUGAAAGUCAAAACUGGAAAAGUGACGAAGGAGGAUCCAUGGGAGAAGCAACGGCAGGAGAGGCAAGAGUAUCAUUUACGAGAACGAAUGAUCAAAAAGAAACAUCGCAAGUUGUAUAGGAGCAUGAUGGAUGGUCGUAAAGAGAGAGCCAAAGAAAUAUGGCUUCUUCGCAAGAAGAGGCGGCUGCAUGACACCGCUGAGAAACAAAAGCGCAAGGAGGAACGUAAACAGAAAAAAGUUAAAAUUGCUGAAUGAAAUUGAAUAAAAAGAAAACAAAAAGUAAUAUAAGUUCAACGUUUAAUUUACUUUCGUUGUAGAUAUAUCAUAUUUCUAAAUGUACCGUAUUAAGAAUUACACCUUA